AUGGGCUCGGAUGAGGAAGGCAAGGCUUUGGCCACGCCGCAGUUCUGGGACUCGCGUUACGGCAAGUCAGACGGCGAGAGUCCCACACACGAAUGGUUCCGAACCUUUGAUGCCCUGAAGCCGUUCUUCGAAGCACAUCUGUUCCAACACCGAAAGCCCGACAGCAACCCAAAGAUCUUGCAUCUAGGGUCCGGCGACAGCACCAUACCCUCGGAUCUGGCCGCGCUAGGCUACAAGAACCAACUAUGCGUCGACUUCUCCCAAGUUGUCGUUGAUCUGAUGUCGAGCUGUCACGCUGUUGACAGUGGUAUUGAGUGGAGGUGGGCCGAUAUUCGCGACAUGAAGCAUAUCUGCGCAGCAUCUGUAGACGUGGCUUUUGACAAGGGUACCAUGGAUGCCAUGAUUCAUGGCAGUCCGUGGAGUCCUCCUGAUGAUGUUCUCAACAACACGGAAAGAUACAUCAACGAACUUCAUCGAGUACUGAAAGACGAUGGACUCUUUUUGUACGUGACCUAUCGGCAGCCUCACUUCAUUCGCCCACUGCUCAAUCGGGACGAUAUAUGGAUCAUGGAAAUCGAGAAUCUGGCAACGAACGAGAGCUCGUUCGACUAUUAUGGCUGGAUUUUACGGAAAAAGUCUGCCGACCAUACGGCCUGA